AUGGGUAAAAAAGCAAAACCAGAUCUUCCACUUCACAAAGUUAUUAUGGUUGGUUCGGGUGGGGUAGGAAAAUCAGCCUUGACUUUAAGAUAUAUGUAUGGUGAUUUUGUUGAAGAAUAUGAUCCAACAAAAGCAGAUUCUUAUCGUAAGAAAGUCACCUUGGAUGGACAAGAAUGUCAAAUUGAUAUAUUAGACACAGCAGGACAAGAAGAGUAUGCCGCUGUCCCUUUCAUUCUAAUUGGUAAUAAAGAAGAUUUAGAUCAAAUACGUAAGGUGUCUAAAGAAGAAGCCAUAGCCAAAGCAAAUGAAUGGGGCUGUGCAUAUUAUGAGACAUCAGCGAAAACAAGAUUAAAUGUUGAAGAGGAGUAA